GCGGCUCCGCUUCCGCCUCCGGUGCCGCCAUUUCGCCGUGAGACAGCACCGAUGGCGAUGUUGUCCGCAGCGGGAUACGGGCCCUCCCGGCCUGAGAUGGGCUAUGAGCUGGAUGGGCCCGUGCAGCAUUACCGCUUCUCGCCCUACACCUUCAACGGAGGGACUGUGCUGGCGAUUGCUGGGGAAGACUUUUCUAUUGUUGCCUCUGACACGCGGCUCAGUGAAGGCUAUUCAAUUCACUGCCGGGACAGCCCAAAAUGCUACAAGCUAACAGAACAAACGGUCAUUGGAUGCACUGGUUUCCAUGGUGAUUGCCUUACCCUUACUAAAAUUAUUGAAGCAAGAUUAAAGAUGUACAAGCAUUCCAAUAACAAGACCAUGACUACUGGGGCUAUUGCAGCAAUGCUGUCUACAAUCCUGUAUUCUCGACGCUUCUUUCCGUACUAUGUUUAUAACAUAAUUGGUGGACUUGAUGAAGAAGGAAAGGGAGCAGUAUAUAGCUUUGAUCCAGUGGGCUCAUACCAGAGGGAUUCUUUCAAAGCAGGUGGAUCAGCAAGUGCCAUGCUGCAACCUUUGCUGGAUAACCAGAUUGGCUUCAAGAACAUGCAAAAUGUGGAACAUGUACCUCUGACCCUGGAAAAGGCUUUGCAACUGGUUAAGGAUGUCUUUAUUUCUGCUGCUGAGAGAGAUGUGUACACUGGGGAUGCACUUAAGAUUUGCAUUGUCACAAAAGAUGGAAUUAAAGAGCAAAGUAUCCAAUUGCGAAAAGACUAAUUCAGUUCCCUUAUAAACAAGUAUUCUAUAAUGUACAAUUUACCUGUGUUAUGAAGACAUUGGUCUUAUUAAAUUUUUUCAAGAAGUUCAA